GUCAAAUCAAGUUUACUUCAAUAUAAUAAUAAGUACUCUUUAAAUUAAGAAGAAUGAAUAAUUUGCAAAUAUUUUGCAGGGUAUCAACAAGUCAGGUUCGCUAGACUAUAAAGUCUUUUGUAAUAUUUUCCAUGUGCGCAAUCAAUGAAUAAAACAGAAGCAAUCGAUUUCCUUCAGGGUGAAAAGACCAUGUAUUUUGGUUAUUUCAUACCCACUAUAGUGUCCUUAAGUAUAAAAAUGCGUCGUUUGGAGCCUAAAAGUUUGAAGUAUUUAACCGAAAGUAGCAAAAAAAUGCAUGAAGCUUUGCUUAAAAGAUUUGAAAAGUACUUCCUGAUUCAGCCUGAUGCUUGGGAUGCUGUUAUUGCCGCUAUUUCUGUCCCUGACAUUAAGUUGCGAUUUGUGAAAGCUCUUUUAGAAACAGCUAAAACGCAAACAGAAGAGGAAGUUAAAAAAAUGUUCAACACUUAUGUGGUCAAGUAUGGAAAAGUAGCCUGUGCCAAAACUCGUAUUCUACCUCAACCACCUCAAAAAACAUUUUUUGACUUCGGGGAUGAAAGUAAUGAUAUUAGCAUACAAUGUGGUUCCACUGACUCGGAAAAUUAUCUGCAAGAAACGCUAUUAUACCUGGCCGAACGAGAAGAAACAACAAGUUGCCUAAAUAAAUAUCAGGCUAUUAAAAACGUAUUUUUAAAAUAUAAUACCCCAUUACCGUCAUCUGCACCUGUAGAACGGUUGUUUUCAUUCGCUGGAAUUGUAAAUCAGUCUAGAAGGCAAAAACUCAGCGAUGCAAAUUUUGAAAUGCUUGUGUUAAGAAAGGCUAAUAGCUAAUAGCAAAUAAAAUUAUAUUAACAG